UCAUGCUGCUGCCAGGUCCAGAGUCUCUCAUGGGUCCCUGUACGGCCUCCCAUUGCUGCUGUCUCCAUCGCCACACUCUGCCAUGUGCCACUUUCAGGUCUCCUCACACUGCUGGUGUGUAGAAUUUUUUGACAUAGGGUGCUGGCAGAUUACGGGCCUCCCAUAGCUGCUGCCAGGCCCCUAAUCUGCCAUGGGCCCCUAUAUACCGCCUCCUCAUGCUGCUGCCAGGUCCAGAGUCUGUCAUGGGUCCCUGUACGGCCUCCCAUUGCUGCUGUCUCCAUCGCCACACUCUGCCAUGUGCCACUUUCAGGUCUCCUCACACACUGCUGGUGUGUAGAAUUUUUUGAC